CAUUGAUCGAGAUCAGACGUAAAACUUAAGAACGCAAUCACCAAUAAACGACUAUAAAUCAUAACUUAAUUAUACUAAAUUGAUUAAAAAAUUGAUAAUUCAAAAAAACAAGCAUGUCAGAUAAACCAGAAGAAAAGGUCGAACUUACAGUCGAAGAAAAGACAUUAAAAGCUAAGGAAUUGUACGCAAAAGGAUGUCGCAACUACUAUGUUAAGAACUACACUGAAGCUGCUGACGAUUUAAGUGAUGCUUGCGAAUUAUAUGGAGAACUUUUCGGACUUCAAGGUGAUGAACUUGGCGAGGUUUAUUUAUUGUAUGCAAAAGCAUUGAUUGCUGUUGGACAAGAAGAAAAUAAGCUAUUGGAUAUUCAGGAAGAGGAAGACGACGACGAAAACGAUGAAACUGACGAAGAAAGUACUGAAAUUGAGGAAAAAGAUCCAGUAGAAAAAUCGAAUGAUCCAGAAACAAAAGAAGAUUCAAAGGAUAACGAAGAAAAGCCCGAAAAUUCAGCUGCAGAUUCUAAGGAACCAGAAAGUGAAUUGAAGAACUCUGAAACAGUUAAAAGUGACGUCUUAACAAAUGGAGAUGACAAGGAUGAGAGCGAAAAUCCAGGAACUCAAGUUGAAACUUCAGAUCCAGUUGAUGCAACAGAAACUGAGGAAGAUGGAGGGAAUUUAGAAGUCGCAUGGGAAGUUUUGCAGAAUGCAGCACAAAUCUUCGAGCGACAAAACGAAAAAGGCUUGUCAAAUCUCCUUGAUGUUUACAAUGAAAUGGCUGGAAUAUCAAUUGAGAAUGGAAACUUUGCAGUAGCUUUAGAGGACUAUGCUCGUGCUAUAGCUACAUUUGAUCGCAUUGAGGAGUCACAAAAGAAUUAUCGCAUAGCUGCUGAGAUUCAUUACAAAGUUGGCUUGUGCCAGACAUUGGAAAAAACCUAUGAUGAAUCUAUCAAGUCAUUCCAAAAGGCUCACGAUUUAUUGUCGGAUGUGAUUGAAAAGGAAAAGUCUAAGGAACAAACUGAUGAAGUUGCUGCCAAUAUUAGGGAUAUGGAAGAGACAAAGCAGGAGAUUUUGAAUAAAAUCAAUGAAACUGGUGACAUUAAGGCUGAUGAAGUUGAGAAAGUCUUGAAGGAACUAGCAAAGUUCUAUAGUAAGAUGAAUACUGACAAUUCUAAGCAACAAUCCUCUGAGUCAGCAAGUGAUAUUUCACAUUUAGUCAAGCGCAAAAAGCCUGAUGUCACUGAUUCCAACAUUGAAAGUUCACCUGCUAAGAAACAAAUUAUUGAAACUGAAGAAGCAAUUACAGCAGUUCCAGUUGAUGAUGAAAAGAAGAAAAUUGAAGAAGAAGAAGCUGUUCAGCCUGCUAUUGAUAAUUAGACAUUAAGCACUUGAUUAUCCAUAUUAGCCAUUCCUUUAAAGUUCAACUGUAAGUUUAAAAUGACCAUGAAGUUCCUUAAAUGCAUCCAUAAUUAAAUAAUUUGAAGAAUAAAGUAUCUAAAGAAAAAUGAAGCAUAUAGUAUGUUGAAUAAGAUUCUAAUGCUGUAAAAUUUUUUAUAUAUUAAAAACAAUAAAACCUGAAAGACAAAAC